AUGGAUGAAGAUUUAUUUGGAGUGUUUGUAGAGGCUCCAGCAGAAAUUCCAGAUGCGUUAGUGGAAGAUAUAGGUGCCGAAGAGCAAGAGUUAUCGGAUGCAAAGACUAAUAAACGUAGUCUAUCGGAGGAUGGCACAGGUAAUAAUGAACCUAGUACUGAUAGCGGGAUGGAAUCAAUGCAUAAAAAGGUGAAGAAGGACAAGAAAUUGAUUUACGAUAAAAAAAAGUCAGAUGUCGUGCCUGUUCUAGCAGAUUCUUUUGAGAAGGAAGCUUCUAGAGAAGUUGAAGCUUCUUUAGGGUUGGGUAAUGCCAAUACUAUGUUAGUUGAUGAGAAUGGUAAAAUGAAAUUGAGGCAUCAGGUUAGGCAUCAAGUUGCUCUUCCACCAAAAUAUGACUAUAGGCCAAUUGGGGAGCACAAAAGAGUGAAUGAGGCGCGUACUUAUCCAUUUAACUUGGAUCCUUUUCAAGAUACUGCUAUUUCCUGUAUUGAUAGAGGGGAAUCUGUUUUAGUUUCUGCACACACUUCUGCAGGUAAGACAGUUGUCGCAGAAUAUGCGAUUGCGAAAUCUCUGAGAGAGAAACAAAGAGUAAUUUAUACAUCUCCAAUCAAGGCUUUAUCAAACCAGAAAUAUAGAGAACUAUUGGCUGAAUUUGGUGAUGUUGGGUUAAUGACUGGUGAUAUAACAAUUAAUCCUGAUGCAGGAUGUUUAGUUAUGACCACUGAAAUUCUAAGAAGUAUGUUAUAUAGAGGAAGUGAAGUUAUGAGAGAAGUUGCCUGGGUUGUUUUUGAUGAAGUCCAUUACAUGAGAGAUAAAGAAAGAGGUGUUGUCUGGGAAGAGACUAUUAUUUUACUCCCAGAUAAGGUUCGGUAUGUGUUUCUGUCUGCUACCAUUCCAAAUGCAAUGGAAUUUGCUGAGUGGAUAUGUAAAAUUCAUUCGCAACCAUGUCAUAUUGUUUAUACUGAUUUCCGUCCUACUCCCUUACAGCAUUAUUUAUUUCCAGCCCAUGGGGAUGGUAUUCAUCUAGUGGUUGAUGAAAAGGGUGCCUUUAGGGAGGAAAAUUUUCAAAAAGCUAUGGCAUCUAUAAGUAGCCAAACUGGUGAUGAUCCAAAUUCUGUGAACUCAAAGGGAGGUAAAGGUCAGACAUUUAAAGGUGGAGCUGCUAAGGGAGAUUCAAAGGGGGACAUUUACAAGAUUGUUAAAAUGAUUUGGAAAAAGAAGUAUAAUCCAGUAAUCGUUUUUUCGUUCAGUAAACGUGAUUGUGAGGAGUUAGCCUUAAAAAUGUCGAAGCUAGACUUUAAUUCUGACGACGAAAAGGAUUCUUUAGCUAAAAUCUUUAAAAACGCGAUUGACUUAUUACCAGAAACUGACCGCGAGCUGCCUCAGAUUAAGCACUUAUUACCGUUACUAAAGAGAGGUAUUGGUAUCCAUCAUUCAGGUUUGCUUCCUAUAUUAAAGGAAGUUAUUGAAAUCCUAUUUCAAGAAGGUUUCUUGAAAGUUUUAUUUGCAACUGAAACCUUUUCUAUUGGAUUGAAUAUGCCUGCCAAAACAGUAGUAUUUACCAGUGUCAGGAAGUGGGAUGGGAAGCAGUUUAGAUGGGUGUCAGGUGGUGAGUAUAUCCAGAUGUCUGGUCGUGCCGGUCGUCGUGGGUUGGAUGAUCGUGGUGUUGUCAUUAUGAUGUUAGAUGAGAAGAUGGAGCCACAAGUAGCUAAAGGGAUGGUCAAAGGUCAAGCUGAUCGAUUAGAUUCAGCAUUCCACUUAGGUUACAAUAUGAUUUUGAAUUUGAUGAGAGUUGAGGGUAUAUCUCCAGAAUUUAUGUUGGAACAUUCCUUUUACCAAUUUCAAAAUAUUACAUCCGUACCAGUCAUGGAAAGAAAGCUUAUUGAAUUGACUUCUCGCCUGGAAGUAAUUGAAAUUGAUGACGAAAAGAAUGUUAAAGACUAUUAUGAUGUCAGACAAACAUUGGAUGAAUAUAAUGAAGACGUCAGGAAAAUCAUAGCCCAUCCAUCCAAUAUUCUAAGCUUUCUGCAACCGGGUAGAUUAAUCAGAGUUAAAGUUAAUGAAAAGGGAGAUUAUGGUUGGGCUGCGGUGGUAAAUUUUGCUAAAAGAGUAAAUAAAAGGGAUCCAUCUGUUGUAUACGCUGAUCAUCAAUCCUACAUCGUUAAUGUUAUUGUGAACACCAUGUUUGCUGAUGCUCCAAUAAAUCUUCUCAAACCCUUUAAUCCAGUCUUACCAGAAGGUAUUCGACCAGCAGUGGAGGGGGAAAAAUCAAUCUCUACAAUGCUUCCAAUAGUCUUGGAUUCUAUUCAGACUUUAGGAAACCUGAGAAUAUUUAUGCCAAGCGAUAUAAAAGCUGACAGUCAAAAAGAAGUUGUAGGUAAAACCCUUAAAGAAGUACAACGUAGGUUUCCAAAGGGUAUACCAUUAAUUGACCCAAUAAAACACAUGAAGAUUGAAGAUGAGGAUUUCUUAAAGUUGCUGAAUAAAAUAGAAAUCUUAGAGACGAACAUGAAUUCUAACCCUAUAGCGAAUUCGGCCAAGUUGCGGCAAUUAUACGAGAAAUAUUGUGAAAAAGUUGCCAUUGAAGGUGACAUAAAACAGCUGAAGUUCAAGAUUAACGAGGCGCAAGCGGUUAUCCAAUUAGAUGAUUUACGUCGCCGUAAAAGAGUUCUUCGUCGUUUGGGCUUCUGUACAUCCUCAGACAUCAUUGAACUAAAAGGUAGAGUAGCCUGUGAGAUUUCAUCUGGUGAUGAAUUAUUAUUGACGGAAUUGAUUCUGAAUGGUAACUUCAAUGAAUUAAAACCUGAGCAAGCAGCAGCAUUGCUAUCCUGUUUUGCUUUCCAAGAACGUUGUAAGGAGGCCCCUAGAUUAAAACCUGAAUUGGCUGAGCCGCUGAAAGCCAUGCGUGAAGUGGCCUCCAAGAUUGCAAAAAUCGUUAAAGAUUCUAAAAUUGAAAUUGUUGAAAAGGAUUACGUGGAAAGUUUCCGCCACGAGUUGAUGGAAGUUGUAUAUGAGUGGUGCAAAGGUGCCACAUUUACUCAGAUAUGCAAAAUGACAGAUGUCUAUGAAGGCUCCUUGAUUAGAAUGUUCAAAAGGCUAGAAGAGUUAAUUAAGGAAUUGAUUGACGUCUCGAACACCAUCGGUAACUCUGCGUUGAAGGAAAAGAUGGAAGCAGCCUUAAGCAUGAUACACAGGGAUAUUGUUUCCGCCGGUUCUUUAUAUUUGUAA